AUGCGCAGGACGACGUGGCUUCUCGCCUGGCUUCUGCUCGCCGUCCCUCCCACAGGUACUUGGAAAUGUCCUCCGACGCUUUUCUGUUUGUUGUCGUCGUCUGCUCUAGCCUCGUCUGCUCCAAAUGGCCGAGCACAGGUUCGUUAUCCGAGAAAUCCCUCCGUUCGAAGUAAAAGCAAUCUACAACUUAUUGUGCUAUAAAAAGGGAUAGUCAUGAAACUUCUUUUGAACUUCUUUAUUUUCUCGAAGCCUCAUUUAGGAAAUAGGAGAAAGCUGCCGAAAAACGAAAAUUUCUAGAAAAUCCGAAAAAGGGAAGGAAGGUUUUAACUCGAAACUCCGCCGAAAUCCAUCAAAUCGUAUUUGAAAAAUUUGAACUGAUUGCGUGUACACGAGAAAAUGCGCACGGAUAUAACAUUUUCAGAGCUGAUUUUAAUAUUUAAUUUCAGAAUUUUCAGUUGAACUUUAACAUGAAUGAUUUUGAUAAAUAUUUGGCUAUUUUUUUCUAGGACUUCAUAGGGACAGUGAGAUAUGGUCCUGGAAAGAGUGCUUUUCUAAUUCAGGACGAACAAUUCCACAAGUGUCUGAGACACGUAUUUACUGCAUAGUGGUUAGGAAAAAAAGUCUGAACGGUAAAAAGUCUUUUUUGUUUGGGAGUGAACUUCUGCGAAAUACGAAAUCGAAAAAAUGGAUGCAGAAGCGCGGGGGACGUCUUCAUUGCCGGAGCACUACGAAAUCUCGCAGUUCAUCCUGUCGCGCUACAACCGCGGCAUGAUCCCCAAAAGGCUCCAGAACGAGUCCAUCAAGGUCUUCUUCUCCAUGGAACUCUAUCAGAUCAUCGAAGUUGUGAGUGGUCGUUUUUCCCAUCAGCCAAUGGUUCUACUUAGAAAAUCUUAUUUUUUAUAGAACGAGCCGCAGCAAUAUCUGAUGCUCAACGCUUGGAUUGUUGAGGUAAUCAGUACAUCUUUCGAAGUUUUCGCCCCUUACUCCUCAAUAAUGUUUUUAAUUAUAAAUGUUUUUCAUCAAUUAUUAAGGAAUGGAUAAAAGGAGGUUCAGUUUUGAUACGAAAGGCCAAGUAUACUGCACACUUGGAUUUUUUAAAGCUGUUUAUUCAUAUUCAAUGGACAUUUAUGUACACCUAAUCGAAAAAAUGAAUAACUCAGCAAAGAAAGUCUCGCAUAUUAAUUCGCAGUGUGCGUAACUCUCUGUUUCCAGAGAUGGGUCGACGUGAUGCUUGGCUGGGAUCCUCUGGAGUUCUCCAACGUGACCGAGCUGAUGAUCCCACAUCAGGAGAUUUGGCUUCCUGACACCACUUUGUACAACUCGUGUGUUUUUCUGAGACAACUUCUUCUUUCAUGAACAUUUUGCAGAUCUAUGAAGUUUUUGGAAAAGAGUUUCAUUGAAAAGGUGUGUAUUGAGAGAUUAUCUGUUUUCAGACUGGUUAUGAGCGACGAAGACACUCGGAGACUGAUGCAGGCGAAGCUGACGACCCGGGGGAAAGACAAAGGAGCGCUUGUAGAACUGCUCUACCCGACUAUUUAUAAGCUCUCCUGUCUUUUGAAUCUCAGGUUAUCUUAACGGUUAAACUGGACUACCAACUCAAACAUUUCUCUUUUCUUUACUUCAAUCUAAGGUCUGAAUAAAAAAAGAGCUUUAUGACUAACUUAAUAAAGUUCGAGUCAUAACUUUUCCGAUUUAUCUGAAAUUUUUCAGGUUCUUCCCUUUCGACGUUCAAGUGAGUACCAUGAUCUCUGUUUAUUCAUUUUUUUUUUCGAUUUGCUGUUAACUUUUCUUAAAUUUCCAUUCACUAGGCGACUUUUUUUAUGCCCCAAAUUUAUUGGAGUAAACUGUUUUUCGGUACUAUUACAAAGAUCAAAAUUUUCAAGUCAAAAAUAUUCUACCCAUUUUUCAAAAAUGCAAUUUCGUUGAAUAACUAAGUUCUGCACUGCAAACGAAUUUCGUUAUUUUUGCUGGUAAUACGAAUCCUCAUUGAAAACAAACAACGAAGAGUCUCCUUUUCCCUUGUUCCAAAAUUUCGUGCAGUCGAUCAGGCAGGUUAAUCUUAUCCUUCGAAAAUAAAGAGAGCAUAUGUUAGAGGAAUACAUGUAGUCUGAACUUUGUUGCACGUCGUUCUGUUCUUUCCGCUGUUGAUCCAGGAAAUUAGGGUUCAGACGUGUCGACUCCACUUCGGCAGCUGGACCUACGACAACACACUCAUCGACUAUUUCGCGCACAACGUGACGCACGCCAUCGGAACGGCCAACUGCAUCGAGAACGAAGGCUGGAACGUCCUUUCCACCGCAGGCACGUCCUUUUCCUCUCGAGGUAACCCGAGGAAGCUUCAGUGGUCCGGCACGAGAACAAGUACGAGUGCUGUCCCAACAACUACACGUUGCUCGAGUUCCGACUGAUGAUGCAGCGGAAGCCGCUCUACUACAUCAUCAACCUCAUCACGCCGACCUCCAUCAUCACCUUGAUUUCCAUCGUCGGCUUUUUCAGGUUUCCAGUCCCAGAAGAAUCUUUAUGGUCAUUCCAACAAAAAUAAUGUUCCAAUCACGAGUUACGAGCUCUGAAAAAGUUCGGUUGGAAAAACAUAGUUGAUUGAAGAAAAUCACGAUGAGGAAAUAAACGGUGAUGCCGUGUUGAAAGAAAUUCCCGCGGAAUCCCAAUUUUUCUCUGACUCUCCAAUAUUUAGUCAUCCAAUAUUUAGUCAUAUCUUGAUUUUUCACAACUUCAAGGUUGUUCUUCGUUUUUCAGCAGUCUCAGCAGUCUCAGCAAGCCAUUUUUAAAAAUGACUUGAAUUGGUUUAUAUGUUAAUCGAUAGAAGAGGCUGUCAAUAUUCAUAAUCCGUUCAAAUUUAAAAAAAAAGGUUCAUCAAGAAAAAGUUUUGGCCAAAAAAGUAGCGCGCGCGGUAUUCAACUGAAGGCUCAAUCUCACGGGUUAUUCGCUGCCAAACGCUUUCUUUUUUAUUCAUUUUGCGCGUUUCUGAACCGCUUUCAAAUCGGUUUCCCGUUCUAAAAGAUUAUCAAAACUAAAGAAAUUAUGAACUUUCUACUGCUGUAAAAGAAUAUAAAAUCUAGUCGAACCCAAUAUUCCUCAGCAUUAAUUUACUUCCUUGAAGUUCGUCAUCGAUAAAUGAACCGCGAGAGGAAAAAAUCACUCUUGGAAUCACUACCUUGCUUUCGAUGUCGAUUCUGAUCUUCAUGGUCUCCGACAAAAUGCCCUCCACCUCUUCCUUCAUUCCGCUCAUUGGUUUUUUUUUUGAGUAUCUUUCUCAAAACUUGAAGCUUCAUAGGCUGGUUCUACACGGCAAUGAUCAUGUUGAUAUCUCUCUCGACGUUGUGUUCCUCCGUAGUCAUCUACGUUCAAAAACGAGGUUUUGUUCAGUAGAAGAAACUUUCUUAUUCUUCUCCCAGGAAUCCUCGGAAAGCCGCCAACUCAGAAAACGAUGCGACUGGCUCGCGUCGUCUCUGGAUUCAUCCGAAUGGAAAUGCCACUGCUUAUGAAACAGGCCUACGCUCAGAAAGCGCGGGUUUGUGCGCCCGAAAUUACUACUUGCGAUUUUUUUGAACCCAUCUUCAAUCCGUUUUUGAUCAAAGAGUAGAAGUGAGGGUCCUUGCAGGAAGAGAAACUGCGGAGACAGGAAUGCCGGAAACAGAGCCUCUGGACUCGCGUCUACAAACUCGCUCGUGAACAAGCUGCCACAAGAAAAGUUUUUCUUUGUUUUUGCGAAUAUUCAAAGAGUUGAAAUCAUCAAUUAAUCAAUCAAAGCCUCCAUUUUGUUGUUUUAGUCGGAUAUAAUCGACUAGGCGGUGAACAAGAAUUUUAGAAGCUAUAAUGAACAACCGCCUUUGGCGAACUAGAAGUCCUAGCGUGUAGUCGAAAGAGUUGAAAACAUUGUCUUACGGUCCUUCGCCUCGUUCUUUUGCGCGUAGUUCAUUCAGUUGCGCCUUGACGAGCUCAGAAUGUAGUGGAUCUUGAAGCUGAAGACCGCGCUCUAGAUGGAUGCUGAGAGUGACCACUUCGAGUGGAGAUUCUAAUUUCGAAAAUAUUACUAGAAUAUAUCAGUUUUUUCAUUCAAGAACUUUUAUUCUGCAAGAUAUUUAUCUCAAAAAAAAAAGUUGAGAAAUCGUUCAGACCUCAUCAUCGUCGCAAAAAUACAACGGAGUCUCGAUGGAAAAGUUGGAAAAUGGCGGCGGCACUGUGGCGAACGCCAGAAAGUGCUGUACAAUCAGUACGGACGUGACUUGCAUCAGUGAGUUGCGAGGAAAUAGAAGGAACCGAUGGACUUGCAGGCGAGGGAGGCUUGGCUUCGAUGGGACCUGUAGGGGGACUAGGAGGCGUGGCUCUGGCGUCGGACGACGACGCCGACAUCUCGCUGCCUGAUGCCGAGCUUCUGCGGCCGGCGCGACCCAUUCACAAGGCCUCCACUACCGGGAGUUUCGACAGCGUCCUUCGGCAAGUCGAAGGUAUUCACUGGGCAUAGCUGAAGGAUUGAUGAACUGAAGGACAUCUUUUGGUUCUUCACUCCAUUUAAAAAUCGGAAAGAAAGUUUUGCUAAAGAAUCCCGUCAUUAAUUUUCCUUCUAUCAUCCGCUUAACAGUUCCGGUGUCGCCGAGGUCGGUUCGCAACUUGGCGGAACUGGAGUGGGACUGGCUGGCGGCGUGUCUGGAGCGCGUCUUUCUCAUCGUCUUCAUCAUCAUCUUCAUCCUCACAGCCAUUGGCAUCAACCUCAUCGGCUUCUUUUACUGGUGGAUGGCCCCUGAUACGGUACUCGUUUAA